AUGGCGCUCAAAGGGAGCGACGUCGCUGCGCAUGACAAUGCAAAGUCGUGCUGGGUCAUCAUCCAUGGCAAAGCAUACGACGUGACCGAGUUCCUGCCCGAACAUCCGGGCGGGCAGAAGAUUAUCCUAAAAUAUGCCGGCAAAGAUGCCACGGAAGAGUUCGACCCCAUCCACCCGCCCGACACGCUCGACAAGUACCUCGACCGCUCCAAGCACCUCGGCGCCGUCGACAUGGGCACCGUCGCCAAGGAGGUCAAGGAGGAGGACCCGGACGAGGCCGACCGCCUGGAGCGCGUCGCCCAGAAGCCCCUGCUGUCGCAGUGCUACAACCUCUUCGACUUUGAGGCCGUCGCCCGGAGGGUCAUGAAGCGCACCGCCUGGGGGUACUACUCGAGCGCCGCAGACGAUGAGAUUACGAUGCGCGAGAACCACAGCGCCAUCCACCGCAUCUGGUUUCGCCCUCAGAUCCUCGUCGACGUCGAAAACGUCGACUUCUCCACGACAAUGCUCGGCACGAAAUGCUCCGUGCCCUUCUAUGUCACCGCCACCGCCCUCGGCAAGCUAGGCAACCCCGAGGGCGAGGUCGUCCUGACCCGCGCCGCGCGCACCCACAAUGUCGUCCAGAUGAUACCCACCCUCGCGUCGUGCUCCUUUGACGAGAUCGUCGACGCCAGGCAGGGCGACCAGGUCCAGUGGCUGCAGCUCUACGUCAACAAGGACCGCGAAAUCACCCGCAAGAUCGUGCAGCACGCCGAGGCGCGCGGCUGCAAGGGCCUCUUUAUCACCGUCGACGCGCCGCAGCUCGGCCGCCGCGAAAAGGACAUGCGCAGCAAGUUCACCGACCAGGGCAGCAACGUUCAGUCGGGCCAGGACACGGACACGAGCCAGGGCGCCGCGCGCGCCAUCUCGAGCUUCAUCGACCCCUCGCUGUCGUGGAAGGACAUCCCCUGGUUCCGCAGCAUCACGAGCAUGCCCAUCAUCCUCAAGGGCGUGCAGCGCGUCGAGGACGUGCUCUGCGCCGUCGACGCCGGCGUCCAGGGCGUCGUUCUGUCCAACCACGGCGGCCGGCAGCUCGACUUUGCCCGCUCCGGCAUCGAGGUCCUCGCCGAGACCAUGCCCGUCCUGCGCGAGCGCGGCGUCGACCCGGAGCGCUUCCAGGUCUUCGUCGAUGGCGGCUUCCGCCGCGCCAGCGACAUCCUCAAGGCCCUGUGCCUCGGCGCCACGGGCGUUGGCAUCGGCAGGCCCUUCCUCUACGCCAUGAGCGCCUACGGCCAGGACGGCGUCGAGCGCGCCAUGCAGCUCCUCAAGGACGAGAUGGAGAUGAACAUGCGCCUCAUCGGCUGCGCCAGCGUCAGGGACCUGCACCCGGGCCUGCUCGACACGCGCGGCCUCUUCAUCCACUCCAACUCGACGCCCCCCGACGCCCUGUCCGCCACCGUCUACGACCCGCUUGUCGUGCCGCCGCAGCGGCCCAAGGGCCCUCCCGUCAAGGCCAAGCUGUGA